AAAACCUCCGUCCUUCCUGGGGAAUCCAGGCUUGCUUAGUUGCCUCCUUAGGUGACCAACAGAAGUUGAGAAAGAUGGAUAAUUGUGGAUGAACUGACUGACUGGACAGUUAUGGACUCAGCACCUACUAUGUGCCAGGCACGCUGACUUUGGAAGACACGGACAUCACGUUCUUUCAGGAGGGACAUACAAUAAACAAAGAAGAAACAUCAGCUGGUGCCCACCCAUGAGUGGUUCUCACUCCCAUUUCACAGAGGAUGGCAGCUGAUGUCCCAGGAGAGAGGAUGCUGGCUUAAGUCCUUCAGGAAGUCACUGGAGGAGUCAGCAUUCCAAGCUAACCCAUGGACACCAAGAUAUGGACGCAGAGAGGGAAGCCCUACAGAGCACCGCCUACCCUGAAGUGCAGACCUUCUGCCAGAAGCACGGCCUGAUGUUCGAGGUGGUUGACCUGCGGUGGGGUAUUCGGGACACCGAGGCCACUGACCGCAUGACCACGGAACUGUGCUUGGAGGAGCUUGACCGGUGUCAGAAAACAUCCAUAGGGCCAGCUUUUGUUGCCCUCGUGGGUGACCAGUACGGCCCCUGCCCCGUCCCCACGCGGAUCGAGGAAAAGGAGUGGGAGGCGCUGAAGGCUCAGCUGACCGCCAGGCCCCGCGACCUGGAGCUGGUGGCACAGCGCUUCUGGAGGGACGAGAACGCGGUGCCCCCCGCCUACCUGCUGCAGGCCCUGGGCCCUGGGGAGGCCUCUGGGCCCGAGGAGGCCGCCCUGAUCUCUGCAUUGCGCUCCGGAGCCCAAGAGGCCCUCAGGCUGGGGCUCAUCAGCCAGGAGCAGUGGCAUCGCUACUACCGGUCAGGUGAGGCUGCCCAGACUCCCCUCGGGGUCCCCGGGAAACGCCCAGGUGUUCAAAAUGCACAUCACGCUUUAGCCAAACACCACUGCUUGCAUUUCUAUAAAUGCCAAACCAACCUAGCUCCCGGAGUCAUUGAGUGGGAAAUAGAACGGGCCUUGCUGAACUCAACAUUUGGGGACCACGGGGCAACCGUCUUCCUGAGAGAGAUCCAAGACCUCAAUAAGCACAUCCUGGAAGACUGUGCCCUCAAAAUGGUGGACCGUCUUGCAGAUGGUUGCCUGGACACAGAUGCCCAGAACCUUCUCAGCAACCUCAAGGAGCGCAUCGCUGACCUAUGA